CUCGUGGCACAAGGUCAGGCCGCGCGAUGUGUGGGUCCACGAGACCCGCCGCCUGGCCACCCGCGAGAGGCACGCGCUUCAGGCGGGGCCGGCGUCGGAGGUUUUCGGAGACCCUGAUUGUGGGGACGGCCUGGUUGUGCUGGAAUACACGAACAACUAUGCGUGCACCUUGGGUCGCCAAGGGACGGACAUCUUCCAGGUGCCCGCCAACCCGUGCAUGUGCCGCGGGGGCGCCGCGCCGGCCGCGCCGCGGCAGCCGGACGCGGCUGGGCCGGCGCGGCGGCAGCAGCGGGGGCGGGGCGGCCGCCGCGGCGGGAGGCGGUGA